GCUUUAAUAUAAUUAAUUUAAAUAAUAAAAUUGAUAAAAAUAUAAAAUAUUAAGGGUAAAAAAAUGAAAGAUACUAAAAGUAUGUAAACUACUAAUAAUGAAUAAACUACUAAAAAUUUUAUGAUUAAAGGAAUUAAGUAUCCUUAUCUAAAUAAAUUUGAUAGCCUUAAGUCUAACACAAAUUUAAAAUCUAAGUCAAUUCAGUCAAUUUAGAGUUAAUAAUACUUGUCUCCUAAAAAAGGGGGAGGUAUAAUUCCACAAUAGAAAAAAGGUAAUGAAAUCAAUCAAAGUUUAGUAAAUACUGGUAGUGUUUGCACCUAAGAGAAAAAAGUUACUUCUUUAGAUUAGUUGAUUGAAAAUAAUUAUAAACUUUUUGAUAGAUAACGAAAAAUAUUCUAACAAAUGCAAGAAGAUUAGUAAAAAAUUUUCGACCGAAUGCUUGAAUAGUAGUAAAAAAUGCUUGAAUAGUAGUAAAAAAUGUUUGAAUAGUAGUAAAAAAUGUUUGAAUAGUAGUAAAAAAUGUUUGAAUAGUAGUAAAAAAUGUUUGAAUAGUAGUAAAAAAUUUUCGACCGUUAGUCAAUAAUUGCCGACCGAAUGCUUGAAUAGUAGUAAAAAAUGCUCGAAGAUUAGCAAGUAAUAUUUGCUAGAAUGGAUUAAAUGAUAGAUCGAAAAUUUGCAAAAUCGACUUGA